AUGGGGAGCUCAUUUACCGUUGUGAGAAUCCUUACUGCCAUAUUACGCGACCCUUUAGCUGAUACAUGGGGUUUUCCUUUAGCGAGCGAUGCUCAUGAUCGCAAUCCAACUUAUCUAGAGGGCUUACGGUUGGUGAAUGGCAAUACACUCUUUAGCCCACAAGGUCAACAAUGGUACAGGAACAGCACAGGCUCAACCUUUUCGUCAAAUAUCAUCGAUAAGUAUCGUCAACCUUACCUGUGUUCCACGAGGCCACCUCUUGCAAACGACAAUCACAAGAUUCUAAGACUUCCUGACCGCCAGGUUGUUGAGGAGCUGGCAGCGCGAUUUUGUUUAUCCGCGCAAUCUCUCGUCUUCCCAUUACUGAGUCUCCACCGCUUCAGGACUACAACCUUGCCUCUCGCUUAUUCAGAAGGCGCCGGGAGGAAACACCAUACAAUCAGCGCGAAGUGUUGCACAUAUGGAGUACUGAUUAUGAGCGACAUCUUUGGCCUUGACUCAGGCGACGAAAUGGCUGACAUUAGUUGCUGGUGCCAAAGAUAUGCGCUGGAAAUCGAAGCUUCAAUACCCACGCUCUUACGUGAGAUGAGGGUUGAUGGACUUGAAUCGUUGCUGACGCUCAUGAUCUUUAAAUACUUCAUGGGAGAUUUAGAAUCCGCAUCAUUCCUCGUUUCGAUGACCUCGCGCUUCUUGAUCCAACUUGGAGCCCAUCUAUACCCUUCUUCUUCGGGCGCUUACGAUAAACACAACGAUUCUCACCAUAUACGCGACCUCUUCUGGGUCUGCUACUGCAUUGACAAAGACCUGUCUCACCGAACUGGUCAGCCACCUACCAUCAGCGACGAUCACUGCGACCUCACGCUACCUCCCAACUACGUCCAGAUGCAGAGUAGCAAUAUCCUAAGUUCCAGCCCAUGUCCAUGUCGCAGCUCCACUACGGUGCCGCUUUAUCCAUGGGAUAUUAGGCUAUCGGUAAUAAAGUCAAAGAUCUACAACGACCUCCAUUCGAUAAGCGCCACUAGACUAUCAGAGACCGAAAUACUAAGAAAGAUACGGCAUCUGGAUGAAGAGUUGGAGGCUUGGAGAGUGACUCUGCCAUCUGACCAUCGGCCGACGUUGUCGUUCCUGGAGCAGACACCUGUUGAUGCUCAUACCAAUACGCAGGCAAUUAUGCUCCGACUGUCGUAUCACCAUUGCGUUAUUCUCAUUCAUCAAGCCCGAUGCAGAGACUUCCAAUCAAGUCACCCCACUGAUAACUUGAUGGAUGACGGCCAUAGGAUAAAUUUCCAGAUUCUAGUUGAUGCAUCAAGAUCCAUCUUGAUCUACCUUGAAAAGGCAUUACCUGUCCUGGCCCACGAGUGCUUCUGGGUCAUCAUUUUCUAUCCCAUGACGGCAAUCUCGACCAUCUUCUCCGUCGCGCUUCUUGACAGCCGGUCAGACCCAGGGAACGAAAGACUUAAGCUGCUGCAAGGCUUUGCGCGAUUAAUCAGGCAAAUUCCCAUCAAAAGGCUGACAGUCGCUGAGAUAUCUCACCUGGAAUUCCUCGAGGAGGUCGUGGAGGAAAUGAGCAGAUUAGUGUUAGCUGCCGCUUGA